AUGAGUCAAGCUACGGACUUCGAUCUCACCCAGAGCGGGUACUACGACGAAACUGGGUAUGGACUGGACGACGAAGAAGAGUAUGAGACGAUCACACAGGAGGACUGCUGGACAGUCAUUUCCAGCUUCUUCGAGCAGAAGGGUCUCGUCCGACAACAGUUGGACUCUUUCGACGAGUUCGUGCAGAACACCAUGCAAGAACUAGUGGACGAAAACGCCGACUUGAUUCUUGAUCAGAGCGACCAGCACACUGGCCACGAUGGGGACGUCAACAGGCGUUACGAGAUCAAGUUUGGGCAGAUUUACUUGUCUCGACCAACUGUAACAGAGGCGGAUGGCUCCGUCGCUCCCGUUUUCCCUCAGGAGGCUCGCCUGCGUAACUUGACGUAUUCCGCGCCACUGUACAUCGAGAUGAAGAAGCGAGUGUUGGUAGGAAGGGAGGAUCCGGACAGUUUGACGGGGGAUAUGACUUGGGAGCCGGAGCAUGAGGAGAAUCCUGAGGACACGAGGAAGGUGUGGAUUGGAAAGGUCCCGAUCAUGUUGCGCUCUUCAUUCUGUAUCCUCCACGGAUUGGUCGACGAAGAUGUAUACGACCUGAACGAAUGCCCCUUCGACUCUGGCGGUUAUUUCAUCAUCAAUGGAUCGGAGAAGGUGUUGAUUGCUCAAGAGCGGAUGGCUACGAACCAUGUGUAUGUCUUCGCUAAGGCACAACCUUCUCCUAUCAGUUUCCUCGCGGAGAUCCGCAGUGCUGUCGAGCGGGGAGGAAAGACAAUCAGCCAGUUCCAGGUGAAACUAUUCCACCGGAACCAGGAGCGUUCGCUCGGAAAUGUUAUGAAGGCUACAAUCCCAUAUAUUAGGGUCGACAUCCCCAUCUGGGUUGUCUUCCGCGCCCUCGGCGUUAUUUCGGAUCGUGACAUUCUCGAGCACAUCUGCUAUGACAUGCAGGAUGCGCAAAUGCUUGAGAUGCUCAAACCAUGUAUUGACGACGGCUUCGUGAUCCAGGAUCGCGAGGUCGCACUGGACUUCAUUGGAAAUCGUGGCACGACCACCGGCCUCAAUCGUGAGCGUCGUCUCAGAUAUGCGCAGGAAAUUUUGCAAAAGGAAAUGCUGCCCCACGUUUCUAUGGCGGAGGGUUCAGAGUCGAAGAAAGCGUAUUUCUUCGGCUAUAUGAUACAUCGACUGCUGUUGGCGGCCAUGGAGCGAAGAGAUUUGGAUGACCGUGACCACUUCGGCAAGAAGAGACUGGACUUGGCUGGACCUCUGCUGGCCAAUUUGUUUCGCAUGCUUUUCCGCAAGCUGACGAAAGACGUUUACCGCUAUCUUCAGAAGUGUGUGGAGACUCAUAAGGAGUUCAAUCUUAACCUGGCUGUCAAGCACAAUACGAUCACAAAUGGCCUCAAGUAUUCACUCGCCACGGGCAAUUGGGGUGAUCAGAAGAAGUCGAUGGCGUCCAAAGCUGGUGUGUCGCAGGUGCUGAAUCGCUACACAUAUGCAUCGACUCUGUCUCACCUGCGUCGAUGCAACACUCCGCUUGGACGUGAAGGUAAAAUUGCGAAACCUCGCCAGUUGCACAAUACCCACUGGGGCAUGGUUUGUCCUGCCGAGACCCCUGAAGGGCAGGCUUGUGGUCUCGUCAAGAACUUGUCUCUCAUGUCUUGUAUCUCCGUCGGCUCUCUCUCUGCACCUGUCAUCGAGUUUCUGGAAGAGUGGGGGCUAGAGUCUUUGGAGGAGAAUGCACAUUCAGCAACACCGUGCACGAAAGUGUUCGUCAAUGGUGUAUGGAUGGGUGUCCACAGAGAUCCUGCAAAUUUGGUCAAGACUAUCAAAAAACUUCGUCGAAAGGACGAUAUUAGCCCUGAAGUUUCGGUCGUGCGGGAUAUUAGGGAGAGAGAACUACGCCUGUACACUGACGCCGGUCGUGUGUGCCGACCCCUGUUCAUCGUUGAGAACCAGCAGCUGCUGCUCACCAAAAAACAUAUCAAGUAUUUGAACGACGGCGUGGAUGAUCAGAAUGAGCAAUACAAGUGGGAUCAACUCAUCAAAGGCGGUGUGAUCGAGCUUCUUGACGCAGAAGAAGAGGAAACAGUCAUGAUUUCUAUGAAUCCCGAAGACUUGGAGAACUCUAGGCUCCAGUCCAGCGGAAUGGAUCCGCAUGCGAACGAUCCCGACUUUGAUCCAGCGGCGCGACUAAAGCCCACCAUCACUGCGCAUACUUGGACACAUUGCGAAAUCCAUCCUAGCAUGAUUUUGGGCGUAUGUGCAAGCAUCAUUCCCUUCCCCGAUCACAACCAGUCUCCUCGUAAUACGUACCAAUCUGCCAUGGGUAAACAAGCCAUGGGAAUCUACUUGACCAACUUCCUAGUAAGAAUGGAUACUAUGGCCAAUAUUCUAUAUUAUCCUCAGAAACCACUGGCUACCACUCGUUCCAUGGAAUACCUGCGCUUCCGAGAACUUCCUGCCGGCCAAAAUGCUAUCGUUGCUAUCCUGUGCUACAGUGGGUACAACCAAGAGGAUUCCGUCAUCAUGAACCAAAGUUCCAUUGAUCGUGGGUUGUUCCGGAGUAUGUACUACCGGAGCUACAUGGACUUGGAGAAGAAAAGUGGCGUUCAGCAGUUGGAAGAGUUUGAGAAGCCCACUCGUGAAAACACGCUCCGUAUGAAGCAUGGAACGUACGACAAACUUGAGGAUGAUGGUUUAAUUGCCCCCGGAACUGGUGUUAACGGUGAAGAUAUCAUUAUCGGUAAGACUGCCCCCAUUCCUCCGGAUAGCGAAGAGCUAGGACAGCGGACGCGGGCGCACACGCGACGAGAUGUGUCGACGCCCUUGAAGAGCACCGAGAGUGGUAUCAUUGACCAGGUCUUGAUCACGACGAAUGCCGAGGGUCAGAAAUUUGUCAAGAUCCGUGUACGGUCCACACGUAUACCGCAGAUCGGCGACAAGUUUGCUUCUCGUCACGGUCAGAAGGGUACCAUCGGUAUCACCUACCGUCAAGAGGAUAUGCCAUUCACCGCGGAAGGCAUCACGCCAGACCUCAUUAUCAAUCCUCACGCCAUUCCCUCCCGUAUGACAAUCGGGCAUUUGGUCGAGUGUCUGCUCUCCAAGGUCGCGACUCUCAUUGGUAACGAGGGUGAUGCUACACCUUUCACUGAUCUGACGGUGGAGUCGGUGUCGCAGUUCCUUCGACAGAAGGGUUACCAGUCACGAGGUCUAGAGAUCAUGUACCAUGGACAUACUGGUCGCAAGCUCCAGGCACAAGUGUACUUAGGUCCGACAUACUACCAGCGACUUAAGCAUAUGGUCGACGACAAAAUCCACUCGCGUGCUAGAGGUCCUGUGCAGAUUCUCACCAGGCAACCAGUCGAGGGUCGUAGCCGUGAUGGUGGUCUGCGGUUUGGAGAGAUGGAGCGUGAUUGCAUGAUUUCUCAUGGUGUUGCUGCCUUCUUGAAGGAGCGACUGUUUGAGGCCAGCGAUGCGUAUCGGUUACACGUUUGCGAUAUAUGCGGACUUACGGCUAUCGCAAAUCUUAAAAAACAAACGUUUGAGUGUCGAUCCUGCAAGAACAAGACGGCGUGCUCACAAUUGUACAUUCCUUACGCCGCUAAAUUGCUGUUCCAGGAGUUGCAAAGCAUGAACAUCGCAGCACGUCUCUACACGGUGUCGACGGGACGCAUCAGGGACUGA